UGCCAUUUCUGGUACUGUGCUCGGUGGUUUGUAGUAUGGAGAAGCGAAAAACCAAUAUGCAACUGUUUUUGCUUUGACUUGGACGUGCAGAACUCCUUUUCGUAUUUGAUCCGAUUAUUUUUCCUAGUUGUCUCCCCUUUUAAUAUGCAUUAAGCACUUCGGUGUGUUUGAAAAUUCAUUUAGUCCAAAAAAAAAAAAGCAGCUUGUGAUUAUCCAAUGGCACCUAAGAGAAAAAGAAAUGCUGUUAAUGCUGUCCAUACAAGCGGGCCUCUUGAUGAACAAACAAAUCAGCGCGGUGCUUUUCCGGACGUCGUUGUGAACCAACAAAAUACUAAUCGAAAUGUCCCUUUGGAUGGCAUUGAAUAUCUGCUUUCCGUAAGGAAUGAAUCAAAACAGCUUUCUCCAAUCAAAUGUAUUACACGGGAACAAACCAAUACAGAACUAAAGUACACAGUAUCCGAGACAAAGGAACAAGAGAGGUUACCUGAAAAGACAGAAUGGCAAAAAAGGUUUCUUGAACAGAUCACUGUAGUGCGUGAUAAGCUUCAAAGUUACCAAUUGACCGAGCAUUCCGAUUCUGAAAACUGCCCCAAAUCGAUAGCAGAAUGGAAACUCAAGUUGCUGGAAACACCACUUAGUUGGUCCUUACUCGCAAAUAUGAAUAUGCCAACUUGUUUUCAAAUACUCGACUCGUUUCCGAAUUGGCUUCAAGUUGAGAAGCUUGAAUUGCAGGCACAGUGGUUCUUUGCAUGUCUAUGCAAAUUGCCUGACUUGAUUACUGGGGAAGAAACAUCAAUUCUCCGAUCACUUUUUCGGGCAUUACAAACAACUCACACUAGCCAUUCGCUAGUUCGAUACAUGUCGUCGAUGCUACAAACGGUUCUUGUUUUUUGUUAUCAGCAGGUCGAUUUGGGUAGUCAGCUUGUGCCUAAGUAGUUCUAUUGCUAAACAAGUAGUUAAUGACUGGAUAGUAUUUUGUUAGCUCAGUUAACGAUAAGAGUUUUUCAUCCUG